CCCCUCCAAAUCAUUGGAAUCAGGUGUUCCAAUCACCUCCAUGGCCACAUGUGUAUAAAAUCAAGCACCUAGACAUGCAGACUGCUUCUACAAACAUUUGUGAAAUAAUAAGUUGCUCUCAGGAACUCAAUGAAUUCAAGUGUGGUACUGUGAUAGGUUGCCACCUGUGCAAUGAGUCCAUCCAUAAAAUUUCCUUGCAACUAAUUAUUCCAUGGUCAACUGUUAGUGGUAUUAUAACAAAGUGGAAGCAACUGGGAACAGCAACUAAGCCCACCACUGGACUCUAGAGCAGUGGAGAUGUGUUCUCUGGAAUGAUGAUUCACAUUUCUCUGUCUGGCAAUCCGAUGGACGUGUCUGGGUUUGGUGGUUGCCAAGAGAGCAGUACUUGCCUGACUGCAUUGUGCCAAGUGUAA